AUGAGUGAAUCCAAUCUAUCUAGUUUUAUCAGCACAAAUUACUUUAAUUUAAGAUCAGCGGCUAAUUCUUCAAAUUCUAUUACGAAACCAAGUACAAAGAAGAGUAUAAGAAAUCAAAAAUCGCCAACGAAUAUAACUAACUGUGCUUUCAAAAAGAGAACCCUCGAAACAGUUGAGGCAACGUUGGAAAAGAAUGACAAAGGUUCAACGUAUAAUCAUUACUUAAUGAAUGGUUCAGUGGCGUCGAGAACCACAACCUCCAUAAGUAGAUACAGCACUAAUGCUUCCCUUCUCGGACCUAGUGUUGACUGUGUUCUCUGUUGUAUAUACGAAGUUCCAAGAGACAUUAGUACACGGAUUGGCCUAUGUAUUAUCAACUGUAACACAGCGCAGAUGUACCUUUCGGACUUCAUGGACUCACAGAUUUACAUUCGUGUAGUGCAUAAGCUCCAAAUUUAUCAACCGACAGAAAUAUUGAUCCCAAGUAGUUCCUUAACUCCAACAGUAUCAAAAUUAGCAACAAUGAUAAAAUUUAACGUAUCUGAAACGGUUAAAAUUGAAGAGGGUUCACGAAAGUGCUUUAAUAGCCAAGAUGGAUUGGCCGCGAUUACAAAGUAUCUAAUAGACGAUACGAAAAAGAACUUAAAAAUUGAAGAGGUUAUAGAUAAAACCUUUGCUCUUUGCGCUGCAUCUGCGGCAAUAAGCUACAUGGAAGAAAUCAUAUCUAAAAGUACACGGAACUUGAAUGCUUUUCGCAAAUUACGUAUUCAGUUCGAAGGUACAGAAAAUACUAUGUUAAUUGAUUCUAAAACGGUUAGAGGUUUGGAGCUUGUAGAAAAUAAACUGGACAAAAACGGUAUAUCACUAUGGAAGUUUUUGGACACGACUUCAACCAAAAUGGGACAAAGAUCACUUCGGAACAGUAUACUCCAGCCGUUAACUGAUAAAGAGAGUAUUGAGAUGAGAUUAGAGGCUUUAGAAGAACUGAAAGCUAAUAAUGAUCUUUUACAAAAAUUAAGGCUUGAAAUGAAAUCUUUACCAGAUCUUGAUAAGCUAUUUUCAAGGUUACUAUGUAUUAAUUAUUCGGCAAUAAAAUCGGAUCAAAGGAUUAAUUAUGUCUUGUUGCUCAAGGAAACAUUACAGAGCGUAAAAUCAUUGAAAUACGCACUUAACAAUGAGUCUAUACAAAGCCGUUUGAUUAGCGAAACAAAAAGAAUAUUUAACAAUGAUGCAAUUGUAGAAAUUGAAAAGUUGAUUAAUGACUGUAUAAAUGAAGACUGUGUUUGGGCAACUUCGGCCUUACAAUUACUUAACCAACGUUCAUAUGCUGUAAAAAGCGAUUCUAAUGGGUUUUUAGAUGUUUCUAGGCAAAUCUACAAAGAGGUGAAGGAGGAAUUUUUUCAUGAGGUGGAAGAUCUUAGUGCUAAAAACAAAGUCAAGUUGGAUCAUAAUUAUGACUCAGCACGAGGCUUUUUUCUAAGAAUAAAAAGACAUGACUUCACUGAUAACAUCGCUACACUUCCAGAUAUAUUCAUUUCGAAAACAAUUAAAAAGAAUUAUAUCGAAUGCACAACUCUAAACAUAAUUAAGAAAAAUGCGAGGUUGAAGGAAGUUAUGGAGGAGAUAUUGCUCUUAAGUGAAGAGACAGUUGACAAACUACUCGAUAAAAUCACAGCCCAUAUUUCUGACUUAUUUAUGAUCGCAGAAGCAAUAGCUAUCCUGGAUUUGGUUUGUUCAUUCGCUUAUAAUUUGGAAGAGAACAAUUAUACAAUACCGACUUUUACAAACAAUUUUCUAAUUCAAGAUUCAAGACAUCCACUACUGGAAAAAGUAAUAGAAAAUUUUGUUCCUAACACUAUAUCAAGUACAAAGAAUAGUUCCAGCCUACAAAUCAUAACGGGAUGCAAUAUGAGUGGGAAAUCUGUGUAUUUAAAACAAGUCGCCCUUAUUUCCAUAAUGGCCCAAAUGGGAUCUGGCAUCUCGGCACGUUAUGGAUCUUUCCCUAUUUUUAAACGUUUACAUGCAAGAGUUUGUAAUGACAGUAUGGAAUUGACGUCAUCAAAUUUUGGUUUUGAAAUGAAGGAGAUGGCUUACUUUUUGGAUGAUAUCAAUGCACAAACUCUAUUAAUUUUAGACGAACUUGGUCGCGGGUCAAGCAUCGCUGAUGGAUUUUGUGUGUCCCUGGCUGUCACUGAACAUCUACUUCGAACUGAGGCAACCGUGUUUCUUUCUACGCACUUCCAGGACAUUCCUAAAAUUAUGUCUAAGAAGCCAGCGGUUUCUCAUCUUCAUAUGGAUGCAGUCCUUCUCAAUGACAAUUCCAUUCAAAUGAAAUAUCAGUUGACUAAAAAAUCUUCCACGAUAGAGAAUAGUGGAAUAAAGGUAGUAAAUAGAAUAUUUAGCCCUAAUAUCAUUGGAGAAGCGCACAAUAUACGUUCACUUUUGGAAAUCGCUAAAGCGAAGUCUGGAGACAAGAAUGCAAAUGAUGACGUUGAUGAAAAGACCAUAAACCAAAUAAAAAGAAUACACAAUCUUGUGGCGAUAUUAAAAGAAUGUGCAGGAAAUGAAAAAGUGCUGUUGAAUUUAGAGAAACUAAGAGAACUAAACGCUGAUUUCAUCGAAAAGUUUGAAGGAUAA